UAUUCAAUUGUUUUUUUUUAAAUUUUAAACGCUUUCGUCACGAAUUCCGUGACGUUUUCGCAUGACGCGCGACGUCUUGUCACACGAGAAGUAUGACAUAACGUGUGUGAAUGACCCCUUAUUAUAUUGGGAAAAAGUAUUGUUUUUCUUAUUAAAAAAUGGAUCGUUCUCGGUAUUUAUUAAAACGGACGACAUUUUGACAAGUCGAUAAACUUUUGUUUAUUAUUUGUUGACGAGUAAUUUCGUGUGUCGUAAUUGCCGUUAACUCGAAUCAUUACUAAAAAAAAUUGAUUAAUUCUAACGGCUUUUGUUUAAUAAUUCAUUCGAAAAUGGGAAUUAUAUUUUAAAUUUUAAUUACUAACGUUCUGUGACGUGAAACGCGUAACAAGUAGUCAUUCGAGUUACGGAAAGACAGUUGAAAUGGCACACGUGUUUUAAAUAUUUAACAGGUGUUUUAAUCUAUUUUUGAAUUUAGAAUAGGAAAUAUAUUAAAUCGUUGAUGUGUACAGCAAAACCUGUCCAAAACGGACACCGUUCAAACCGGUAGUGUGCGAUUCCAGUUUACACAGGUUUUACUGUAUACGUACGGGCUCAGAGAGUCGGUUGCACUGUAUACGAAUACGUACAGUGUAACCUCCGAAUAGCGGACACCGUCCGAGAAGUUUGACCGCUAUUUAGAGUUGAAUGUAAGAGACGUCCUAUUCGAUUGUAAAAACCUCCGUUAGCGGCGGUUUCGCCGUAUUAUCUAGUGGAGGGUCGAAUCGCCCUCUAUAACUAAAUAUAUACGCGUCUUAGUUUCUUAUUUAUUUACUCAUUUUAAAAUUAUGUAUUAAAGAGAAACGUGAAUCAUGAAAAUACAUAAAAUACGCGUAUAAAUGUAAUAAGCAGAAAGGACGAAUCGAACGUUGUCACCGCCAAAUUUAGCAGUCGCCAAUAAGGACCACUUCCGAAAUGACGAAACGCGUGGAAACUUUCUUCCGAUAAUUUUUAAAUAAAGCGCCUCCUCCGCCACUUCGCCUUCGUCCAUUGGUUGCUCGCGCCAUUUUGGCCAUGACGUGGAAAGUGGCAUUAGAAAACGGAAAGCCAAGAAGCUAAGUCCACUCACUCGGGAGAGGCGAUCGCUAAGGAACCGACCGACGUUGUUAUGGUUACGAGAGCGCGUGAAUUCCGUUACCAUUAGCAACCAUCCAUCGAGAUCGUCGAGUCAGACGCUUUCGGUCGGCCAGCCAAGUUCGUCUGCCAGAAACAAGGGAUGGACAACUACACGUCUCUCGCUCUGACUGUCCACAGAACAGACGACGAUCCUGUCACUUGGAACAGCGUUUUGCGUUUGGUGGUAUUGACUUUGGUAUCCACGUGCGGUAGCAUCGGGGGUAUAUUCGUCAUAAGUGGAGUGGUGGUGGUGGAACCCCUUCAGACACGCGGCAACAUCUACCUUGUCAACUUCGCCCUCGGACACUUGCUGGUGACAGCCCUGGUGCUGCCGUCGUACUGCGUCGCCAUCUUGGCCGGGAUUCCCAACGAGAGUACUUUCUGCACGUUUCAAUGGCUGACCACGUCUGUAUGUUUUAUAGUGUCCGUCCUGUCCGCCAUGUUCGUGUCCAUCGACAAUUUCCUGGGGCUGGGGCAGGUGGUGACUUACAACGUCUGCUGCACAAAAGGUAAAAUCAUCUUUUCCGUUUUCUUCAGCUGGAUGGCCGCUAUCGGAUUCGCCGUGGGCCAACACGUCAUGGAAUACGGACCCGUUCUCUGUCAGCUGACUAACAACCCGCGCGAAUUGACGUGGUUACCGUAUCAGAUCGCCAUGGGCUGUUUUUUGAUAUUGUUGCCGCUGCUACUGUGCAUCUGGUACUUCACGCGCUCCGUCAUAAAACUGAAGAGUUUCAAGCAAGAAAUGACACAGCUGGACAACCCGAUGGCUUACGUCCUGACCGACGAGCACCUCCUAAGAAGCAAUAUCGUCAUAUUCAUCCUGAUGCUGCUGAUGUGGAUGCCUCUAGUUGUGUCUUCUGCAAUUAACGUCGUCAUGCCGAUCGAUAUCAAUUUAAUCAGCACGUCCUGGUGGGUGGCCGUCACCAAUUCCUGUAUUUACAGUUACGUGUACGCGGCAACCAAUAAGGAAUUUCGAGAGGCAUUCAAUAAGCUCUUCUAUUACUGCUGCUGUAAGAGUCACAUAACGAUUUCCAGACGUCAGAGAGACAUGCACAGAAGCGGCAACGGGAUCGGCCUGAGAGUACAUAUCAUUCCCAGUCUCAACAUUUAUGCACAAAGAAAAGAAAACUUCAAAGAGUCCAAAUCUCCUUACGAUCUCUAAAACACAGAGCCAUCGAGUGUGCCUUGAGCAAUAAAGGAUUCCAGAAACGAAACUGAAUUUCACACUUAAAAUCAAAAGCGCUUAGUGUUUAAGGUGCAUACGGUAUUUUUAUUUAUUUAUUUAUUUAUGUGGAAACAAUAUAUGCAAGACAGGUCAUAUAAUUCUUUACGGAAAUCUUACGCUAGUAGUCGAGCCCAUCAUAAACACACGACGUUUUCGAAAAUUUGGCAACUUUUAGUGCCAUCCUCUCUAACUUCUGAAAUAUUCCUUUCCAAUUCGUUAUAAAUGAUAGAAAAAAAACUAUCACACUGCCCUUAAGACUGUUAACGUUGGAGCUAAUUUUGCAAAUCGAUUAAAUGUGGGAAAUUAUUUAAAAAAAAAUAAUUAAUUAAUAAUAAUCAUCAAAAUAUUUUAUUAAAAAAAAAGAGGAGGGGGGAAAACAUUUUUUUAAACUCAGAAUAUUCCAUCCAGAUUGUUAAAUAGCAGUUAUCAUUAAAUAUAUCCUAUAUUAUCUCAUAUCUAUCAAUACAUAUACACAAACACAUGAAAGAAAAUUGAAUAGUCAUUGUUGACUUUCUGAAUAAUAUCUACAAAAGUGAAUAAAUAAAUAUUUAUAAAUUAUUUUAAUAAAUGUAUAGUCUAUAAAGUGAAGAUGGUAAUUUAGUAGAAACAACAACAACAAAAAAAGAGAAGAACAAUUUUCAUAAAAGAUUUCAAUUUCGAAGUGUAGCCGGUGAUAGUUUCCUGAUUUCAUAAUGUGUAAUAUUCUAUGCUUAUUUGUGUAUGAACUGAACAUACAAAACUGUUAUAAAUACUUCUUUUUUUGAUUUAAUAAAAUUUACAGAUAUUACAGUCUGA